AUGGCGGAUGUCGCAGAGGCUGCCCGCAAGCAGUGCCACAGUUGCGGUCUUAAGAAGGCUAUCGACCAGUUUUACGCACUUCGCGGGCCUCGCCGGAUCGUCGCCGACUGCUUGGAUUGCCGUAACCGCAAGAGGAGAGAGGACACCACGUCAACGUCCAGAAUUUCGGCUGCAAGUGCGAUCGCCCGCGGGCAAAGUUUAGCCCUUGGUCCUGCCCCUCCCCCACGGCAGAACCUCACGCACGGCGUUCUCGCCGAGCGCUAUCAUGAAGGCGGCCGUGUCGCUACGGAUACACUUGAAAUGGCUGCUGCUCGCACUGAGGUUUCGGCCAUCCAGCGACGCCAUCGCUUCGAGCGUCGCCACGGCGAAGGACCCUCCCAGACACCCGAUAUGAGUGAUUUGCUUCGGCAGCAACAGCCUGCCGAUAAAGCGAGCACUCUCCCACCCUCUGCCCCGCCACAAGUCCUCCAAGACCCCGGUUCCGACCUCCCACCAUCUGCGCAGCCGAGAAAGCCUGAGGGACAAGGUGCCCAGGACGAAGAGAUGGAAGCUGUCGAUCAUAACCAGCGAUCUGUUCCACCGCGGCUCCCUCGCAUUGGCCAUAUGCUCCCCCGACGACGGCCACCACCCUCCCCCUCCUCGCCUGCUCGCGGCCGUUCCCGUGGACGCCCGCGUCUUGCACGAAACCCGGUCGGCCGGCCCCGUCGGCAACCCUUUCCUGAAGAACGCACGCCUCGCAAAUUCGACAAACCUUCUUCCCGGUUUACAGGUGACGACCAGGAGUCGCCCCUCAAUGAAGAAGACCUUGCCAUCAAGAGGGAAUUCGACGAGGCACUUGCCGCUGAGGAGAUGCGAUAUUGCUGCGACGGCAACCUACCAUGCCAGAGAUGCAACGAUGCCGGCGACGAGUGCAAGUACAACUACGUACGGCAGGAGUCCAAGGGGCAGCUACGCGCUGAGACGGAGCAGCUGAGGCAGAACAACGCCGACAGCGAUGCCCUUCUCCGAGCCAUUGCAUCCAUCCCGGAUCCCCAUGUCUGCAAAGCUGUGAUGCAGGGCCUGUUAGACGGCAGCAUCUCGCGUCACGAUAUACUCAAGCACGCCCAGUUUUAUUCACCAAAGCCCGACAGCGGGACCACUCUCCAACAACCUGAACCAACAAGCCCACGCUCAACCUCGACCUCUUGUUUCGAACAACUCCUAUCUUGGCAGUCAUGCCUCCCCCACCUCCAAGGUGACCAUGAUAGGCAACUGGAGACACGGGGAGCCAGUCGUGCCACUUCAGUCCAGCCGACAAGCCUGUUGCUCCCACACUUACCUCUCGACGCAUAUACCACGCAGUCGCACAUCGACCCUUGGACCAAGACCGGCUGGACCAACGCACACAUCCGCCACUUGAUCGACGCCCUCCGUACCUGGGACCAUCUCCCGUUUUGCCUUCUUUUUCCGAGGACCUCUUUCUGCAGGGACUACACCAGCGGGUCAAAUCCCGGUUUCUGUUCGUCCGCCCUGGUGCAUGCCCAUCCUAGCGCUGUCGGAUUCGCCUGA